AUGGCCAAGACAGCCAUGGCGAUAGAGGUCUCCCGGCCGGGCUCCGCCUUGGACAGCGAUAUCAAACCAGAUGGCGCGGCGUACCGCAAUGGCAGCGUUGCUAUUCCGUCUGAGAACUGGCGUAUAGAGCGUUUCCGGAAGCGUGGGAUUGCCCUCCUCCCUUCUGAACUUCGCAUCGCCGCCGAGCCGAUGGGGGUUGGUCCGUCCUAA